AUGUACGAUCGCCCGGAUGAUUUCAAUCCGGACAAACACAACGGCGAAAUCAAUCUUACAGCAUCGGAGUUAAAAAAAUUAAAAAAGAAGCAGAAAAAAGAAAAAGCAAAAGAAGCCUUGGAAGCAGCAGCAAAGCAAAAGCAGCAUAAUGUUAAAAAAGUAUGUUUAUACUGGCUGCUUCAGAUUUUCAUUCAUUUUUUGCAAGGCAACAAAUCGUAA